CUGGAACUAACUAAAAAGGUAGCCUACUCCAAGGUAAGACGGAGGCGAGGUUCCCUUGCUUCCGUUUCACCUUGUGGGGGAGGGUACGGCUAUACAUAGGCUACUGAAAUAGUAAAUGGAGUGUCUAGUCCGGUUGGUCAUGACUUCCCAGCGGUUGCAAGUUUUUCGAGGAAUAUUGAGGGAGUUGCGACAUCUUUUGCCAUUUAAGGUAAUUUUUUUUUAAAAAAAGGGCUGUAUUGAAUAGGAAAUCUGAAAAACCUGUUAAUUCUUGCGCGAAACGCGAGUACUAUGGUCCCAAGGGCCACUAGCCCCCAUGUUCUCCCGUGUAUCACAUGUGCUUGCAUGAGUAAGCUUUGUUUUAACAUGAAGCUAGAGAGAAUCAAGGAGAAAAGUAGAAGCGAUGUGAUGCCAUGAAAUCCAAGGUACUGCGUGCGUUUUGGCCCUUAACUUAGUGCACUUAGCUGAAAGCCUUUGAACAGCUUCAAAAUUCUUCAACCAGUUUAAAUUCACUGUAAAAUUUCUCUUCCAGAUGUAGAUGAUAUGUCAAACAAUUUUUUAAUUAUUUCAAUACUCCUUAAACAGGCGAUGGUUGCCACCCCUGUUUCCUUGAACUCAAGCUAGAGUAUCAAUUACUCCCCUCACCCCAUCUCUGUGUUUCGGGCGUUCCCCCUGAAAGAGAAAGGGAAGGGAGGGGAUGGGGGUUGGUGGGAUUCCUAAAUAUCACAUUUCCUCCCUUGAGAUAGUAAUAGACCCUAGGAUUGUCAAAACAUAACCAAUUUUCUAAAAUUGCUUAGAGUUGUUGGCAUGUGUCUAUAAACAAAAUACCAAAAUCUAUACAAAUUAGAAAUUGAGAUGAUUCAUGUACUGCAUUUUGACACAAAAAUGCUGAAUACUCACACCUCAGUUGAAAAAUGCAUAAAUACCUGAAUCCCUGGAGCCCUUGACUGAGCCUGAAAAAUUCAGAUGUAUGAUUUGCUGGAGUCUGAAGUGGUUUCAAUAAUUGAAUUUGCUGGACUUGUGCAACCAACAUACAUUAGGGCAGUGAGAGUGACGAACUCACAUGAAUGGGAUUUGGAGAUUCGUUUUCUGCAUUGAGAGGAGAGCAGGGUGCAAGUCAUAUGCUAGAUGUUUAUUUUAAUGACCUGAAGGCUUAUCCUCAUCAAAAUUGUUUUUUGGUUAAAAAUGAUUGAAAUCUUAUGCCUACAGCUUGCAUUGCAUAGCCUUUAAGAAAUGCCUCUUAAAAAUACUUUCCAUUUUGCCCUUUUAAAUUUAAGUUUUAAAGGCUGAUGUAUGAAAGCCAGGAGUGUAGAUAUCAAUUCAUUAGUUAACUAGUGAUUCCUUUUCAUGUUAAUUCCUAUUCAAAUAGGAACCUGUUACUUCAAGUUUGGAAGGCCAGUAUCUGAUAACAGAGUUUCAUAAUUAUUCCCAGGCUGGAGAAGCUUUAGCACAGAAGCUCUACUUUGAUUGUGUGUAUUAUCUUUGCUUACUUAGAAGUCAAAGAAUGGCUCAGGUGAGUUUUAUUUCAUUUUCAUCGUAAUUAUGUAAAAUUUGUUUAAAUUUUAAACUACUGUAGUUGAUGUCUCCUUUGUUCUUUAAUCAAAAGAAAGUAGAAACCAAACUAGUUUGAAAUCACUCUGACCUGAAAUAACUCAAUCAAGGAAGUCAUUAGUAAAGUUUGUAAAAUAACUGAGAAACUACAGCAUAUCAUUCACUACACUGGUAAACCCACAGAAAUUUGAAUUUGUCAUAUAAAAGCAAUAGACCAGUCUUUCUAUCAUAAUCAGUUUACUGGCAUAUAGUAAUAUUGGGAGAACACAAGAAAAGUUUGUAGAACACUUGCCUGGGGCUUAUGAUGUACAUACUUUUUUGUGUUCUGGCAAUCCAACAUCAAACAUGGAUUAUGACACCAGUGAACUGAAAGAAAGUGCCCUCUAUUGCUCAACUGUAUACCUGCAUUUUGUGAUAAAUAAAUGGUUGAUGGUUGUUACAUAAUCUGUUACAGAUGCUUCAUGAAAAAUACAAGGGGGUGGGUGAGAGGCCAGUGGAAGAAGUGGCAAGCUUAGUGGGUUUUAAGCUUCCAAAGCAAUAUCGAGAACCUUCAAAUGAUUCAAAUGAAAAAUGAUAUUAUUGGUUUGCAUGUGGCAAGGAUUCAAGACAAGUGCUGGUGUGAUAGGAGGGCACACCAAAUACACACUGGUGUGGUACAGUUAGAGUGGAGAUGGAUUCAAUGUAUAAAAGAGGAUUGACUAUAGAUUGUGGAAGCUUUUGGUGAAAGUACCAGUAACAAUUGUUUGCAUGAUGAAAAUCGCUGUGGCACUUCAACUGAAGUAUUGAAAACAUUUAGUACUGAAACCACUAACUUCUAGGCCACUAGGCGUCUAAGCUCUCAAGAAGACCUGCAAUAUGUAGGAGAAGUAUGCUUCAAAAAAUUAGGCAACUUUUAUAUCAACCAUUACAAAGUAUUAUUACAUGACUUUAUAAAAUUGGCCACAUUCUUAGAUUUGUAGAGUAACUUAACAUUUCAAAACCUGUCUCCACUUUUGCCUAAUAUUGGACUUCCAUGCUGCCUUUUGCUACAGAAAUAACAAAAUGUUCCUUUAUCUAAUAACCAGUGCAGCUGUGGUUUGUGAAUUAAAUAGGGUCUUGUUUCCCAUUUUUUGAAAUGGGGCUGUCCAUUGUCAAAUUCUCAGCACCUUGGAAGACAAUUUUGGAACAAUCAGGCUACUUUUUGGGAUCUCAAAUGUGGUGCACAUUGAAUAUCUAUUCUUUUUUUAAGGGCCAAGAUGAAAUUACCAGUUGAACACACCUCUCCUUUAACCCUUUCUUUUUUAACUGAUUGAAGUAAUGGAGUGGAAGCUGGGCACAGAAAUGUGGUAACACAUUGUUUUGAAAUGGAGUCUUUGCAUUUCUAGUGUAAUAGUCUUCAGAAUUAGGGUUCAAAGGUUCCUGUAUUGAACAAUCAUCUAGAAAUACUUUGUAAGAUAGUCAAAACCCUGGUAACCCCUUCUUUUACCCCAAAAAGAAUUAUGUUUCUCUGAAUAAUAUCACCCACACUUAUUUGAGUUAGUUUAAAACCUUUAUUUUGACUCAAGCUUUCCUGGUGUUACAAAAAGCAUACCUCUACAUCAUAACAAUAAUUAUUACUGCUCAUCAGGCACGUUGUAAUUGACCAUUGGAAUAAAAAGGCAACAUGCUGAUAUGCUGUUAAUUAUUAACUUCUAUUAAUACCUAGCUGGAAAACUAUUAGAAUUAAAUUUUGCGUAACAAGACUUAAAUUUUACUGCUUCAGCUCUAUAUUUAGUUAGCAACUUAUUUAAUAAUUACAAUGACUAACCAAUCUCAUCCUGACCAGCAAACCUAUGGUGCUUGAAGCACAACAAAAUCAGGUGAGAAUAAUUAUCCCAUAUCUCUGGAACAUAAAUUCCAUUCAAAAAAAUCAUUUAAAUUGAUUCUCUACACA